UUCAAAACCUCCACCAGCAUGUUGGCCAAUACACUGAAGCAACAAUUAGACCGCAACCCAGUUUGAAUGCGCACAAUAAUAGGAACGAGACUGAGAGGCAAGAUGCGCAUUCCAGUAAGUACCAUGGCCAUCAUACUGCUGCUCUUCUUCAUUCUAAAUGGAGCUGAUGGUACUCACAUUGUCGGAGGCAGAGACGCUCCGCCGCACUCGCGUCCGUACAUGGCCUCGCUGCAAUUUCAGGGCCAGCACAUCUGUGGAGGCUCGCUGGUCAGAGAAGACUUUGUCCUCACCGCAGCACAUUGCAGGAUACGCCGGACACUCACGGUGGUGCUGGGGGUCGACUCCCUGAGCGGUCAGGAGUCCACCAAGCAGGUGUUCACCUCCAUCAGAGACAUCCCGCAUCCUGACUACGACGGCCAUGCAAAUGACAUCAUGCUCCUGCAGCUCAACGCCAGUGCCACACUAACGGAGGCGGUGCAGCUGAUUGUUCCCAAAAAAGAUCGCCUGGAACGACGCAACAGGUGCAUCACGGCCGGCUGGGGGGACAUCGGCGAUAACAACACCUUGCCCAACACUCUCCAGGAGGUCAACGUCACCGUCCUGCCGCAGCGCGCCUGUCGAAGACGAUGGGGGGCCGUCCCCAUCGCCAGGACCAUGGUGUGCGGCAUUGGGUCCCGCGUCUUUCAAGGGUUCUGUUCGGGUGAUUCGGGUGGUCCGCUGAUCUGCGACGGCGAGGCCGCGGGCGUGGUGUCGUUUUCCGGACGACGAUGCGGGAACCCUCGGACCCCCGACGUCUACACGCGCGUCUCGUCCUUUACCGACUGGAUAGCCAAUGUUUUGAACAGCACUUCGCCAAAUGAACGUCGACAUCAUCUUCGACAAUUGCACAUCAAGCAGUGACAUCAUCGAAUACAGUUAGACGACUAAUGUGUUGGUUCUGAGCUUGUCAAUGAAUGAUCAUAGCGAUCAUCUGUGUGAUUGAUUUUGCUGGGUGGUAUUCAUUAAGCAUGCUUCCAACUGGCCAUUUUACGGUUUGACUUUUUGCAACUUCCACAAGGACGUCGAGACUUAACAAAAUUCUAAAUUACAAAAUAUUACCAAUUUUCCCUACCUUUUUGCUUUGCAUUGUAACAAAGAAGCAACAACCGGUGAUUUCAGAGGAAUCUUUUUAAGAAUGUAUUUCGCGGAUAAAACAAUAUUAAAUAUGUAUUGACUUAAGUUUUUAAUCCCGGUUAUUAAAUGUUGGAAUGGAACAUGAUCAAUAA